AUGAACGGCAGAAGCGGCCCCAAACGGAUGUUACGCAUCGAAGAGGGUCAACACUACUUGCUCGAACCCAACGACGAGCUGCCGUACAAGUUACUUCGCAACCUGGGGCAAGGAGGAUUCUCCAACGUGGAAGAAGUCGAGAACCGACAUACUGGCAUGGUCUUGGCCUGCAAGGUCUUCAAGUUUGGCGGCUCUUCAGCUGAGAGACAACGCCUUUUUGACAAUGAGGUCAAGGUCAUCCGCCGGUUAGCUUCGCAUCACCACAUCACUCGCAUCUUCGCGACAUACGUAGGGAGGGAUCAAGUAGGCAUCUUACUAACACCAGUCGCCGAUCGCGGUUCGCUGGAUAUCUUCCUACGGGAUGCUCAUGAAGGUGAGCUCACAUAG